AUGGCGAUGAUGGUUUUGAUGUUUCUUUUUGUUGGAACAAGAGUUGAAAGUAAAUCAAUCUUGAGGAUUAAACUUCAUUAUCAAUCUCCUGCUUCUAAAAGUUCCGUGAAUUACACCAACAACUGUUCCUCGGAUGUGAUCUCCUCCUCGCAAAGAAAUAUGGAUAGAACAAACAGGGGAGGUGGAAGCAUUGAGACACUAUUACGUAAUUACAAACUAGGGAAAACUCUUGGUCAUGGAUCAUUUGGAAAAGUCAAAAUUGCUGAACAUGUGUUGACCGGCUACAAGGUAGCAGUCAAGAUUCUAAACCGCCGCAAACUUAAGAACCCUGAAAUGGAAGAGAAAGUAAGACGAGAAAUCAAGAUUUGUAGGUUAUUUGUACACCCACAUAUUAUAAGACUUUAUGAAGUGAUAGAAACCCCCCUUGAUAUAUAUGUUGUUAUGGAGUAUGUGAAAUCCGGUGAGCUAUUCGAUUAUAUUGUAGAGAAAGGGAGACUUCAUGAGAAUGAAGCUCGCAAAAUUUUCCAACAGAUUAUCUCUGGAGUGGAAUACUGUCACCGGAAUAUGGUGGUUCACCGGGAUCUUAAGCCGGAGAACAUUUUGUUGGAUUCAAGAGGGAAUGUUAAGGUUGCUGACUUUGGAUUGAGUAAUAUAAUGAGAGAUGGCCAUUUUCUUAAAACAAGUUGUGGAAGCCCAAAUUAUGCUGCUCCUGAGGUUGUUUCGGGUAAACUUUAUGCAGGGUCUGAGGUGGAUGUUUGGAGCUGUGGGGUAAUCUUGUAUGCUCUUCUAUGUGGUACUCUUCCUUUUGAUGAUGAGAAUAUUCCCAAUUUAUUCAAGAAAAUAAAGUCUGGAAUCUAUACCCUUCCGAGUCAUUUGUCAGCAGGAGCAAGGGAUUUAAUUCCAAGGAUGCUGGUGGUUGAUCCAGUGAAGCGAAUAACAAUUGCUGAUCUGCGUAAGCAUCCUUGGUUCAAAGCUCAGCUUCCUCGAUACUUAGCUGUUCCUGCCCCUGAUGCAACAGAUCACCUCAAAAAGCUUGAUGAAGACAUAAUUCGAAAAGUUCUCAACAUGGGGUUUGAAAGGACACAUCUCAUACAAUCACUUCAAACCCGGAUACAAGAUGAUGCGACAGUUGCGUAUUAUCUGCUCUUUGAUAACCAGUCUCGUGUUGCUGGUGGGUAUCUUGGAGCUGAACUUGCAGAGAAUCUGGAGGGUGAUCUUGCUACUAUGCAUCUAGACAACAUACCAGACAGGGCUACAAUGAAUAGAUUUGCUAGAAAUAACUCUGUGAGGCCUAACUUACCUGGUGAAAGAAAAUGGCAAGUUGGAAUGCAGAUUCCAGCAAAUCCACGUGAGAUAAUGACACGGGUUCUUGAAAUCCUGAGAGAUUUAAAUGUCUGCUGGAAAAAGAUCGGGCUUUAUAACAUCAAAUGUCGAUGGCUUUCAAGCAUCACUCAUGAGAACCAUUAUAUUACUUCUGGUAUUACACCGAAUGUUGUGAAAUUUGAAAUUCAGCUUUACAAGACUCCAGAGGAUAGCUAUUUGGUGGACAUCCAGAAGAUAACAGGUCCUCAAUUGGUGUUUCUGGACUUCUGUGCUGCUUUCAUUCUGCAGCUAGAGAGUGGCAUCUUGUCAUUAUGUUCUGAUAAUUAA